ACUUAGAACGAUUGAGUGACCGUGCCUAGAAUCGCACACUCUACUCACAGAAACAAUACAUUCUGAAUUUGACGAAUAUGGUGGGCCACAUCGAAGACGAGUACAGAAAGUUUUCUGAAUUGAAAAGAGACGAAAUUUUGAAAUUGAUGGACUGGUGCCUGCGACAACCCCAUUUACCGAAUUUAACAGAGCUCGAAAUCGUUAUCUUCUUCCACUCAUGCUACAACAGUGUUGUCAUGACUCAAUUACGAAUAGACGCAGCAUUCACCAUUCGUACCCAUUGUCCGGAAUUUUUCGCCAAUCGUGAUGUCCUAGGGAAGGAUGUCGUAGCACAGAUGAGCCUGCUGCUAUACACACCAUUACCAGGAUUGACACCCGACGGUUACAAAUCGAUUUUCGCAAGGUGGAUGGAUUCGGAUCCAUCAAAGUUUGUGUUCGGUGAUGCAUUGAAAUUGUUUACGAUGGUAAGCGACAUGUGCAUAAUGGAUGAAGGAACAGUAAACGGUUACAUGAUCGUAAUGGACAUGAGUGGUGUUACCUUUGGACAUUUGGCAAAGUUGGGAAUUUCGACGUUGAAGAAGUACAUGCUCUUCGUGCAAGAAGGUUUGCCAGUACGAUUGAAGGGAUUACAUUUCGUUAACACGGUCUCAUUUAUGGAUAAAGUAUUGGCGCUAAUGCGACCGUUUAUGAAAAGAGAAUUACUCGAUGUAUUGGAAUUGCAUUCGACAGUGGAGUCGUUGAGGAAACAUGUAUUUCCCGAACAGCUACCGAAUGAGUACGGUGGUAAAGCUGGGACAUUCGACGAACUUCGAGAGAAAACCUACAAUCAGAUCAAAGAGAACCGGGACUUUUUCCUGCGUGAAGAGUCUGAGAGGCGUGUAAACGAAAAGUUGCGACCUGGCAAACCGAAAGGAGCUGGUGAUUUGUUUGGAAUGGAAGGAAAUUUCAAAAAAUUGGAAUUCGAUUGAAUUUUUGUA